AUGCGUUUCGAGAUUAUCGCACUCCUGGCAGCAGCUGCCACCUCGUCCGCUCAAUCGGUCGUCGGUACAGCUUAUGGCUACGGUGCUGGCGCGACUGGUGGAGGAAAGGCUGCUGCUGUCACCCCAACGUCAAACGAGGAGCUGGAGAAGUACCUGUCCGACGACACCGAGCGCGUCAUUCUUCUCACUCAGCAAUUCGACUUCACUGGGAAGACCACCUCCGGUGCUGGUUGCGACAAGACCACUUGCUCAGCUAAGAGCGGCGGCGGACAGUACUACUUGGGCGACCUCUCCUGCGGUGGCUCGGAUAUGACGCCCGUCAGCUCCAUCACCUACGACGCAGGCGCCGAAACAGCUAUGAAGGUCGGAUCGAACAAGUCCAUUCUUGGUGUUGGCGGAAAGGGUGUGAUCAAGGGCAGAGGUCUCUCCAUCGCCAAGGAUGCCAGCAAUGUCAUCAUCCAGGGCGUUGCAUUCACCACCAUCAACCCUGGCGUCGUAUGGGGUGGCGAUGCUCUCGACAUGCAGGGAGGAAACACCAAGAUCUGGGUAGACCACUGCAAGUUCUCCCUCGUCGGCCGCAUGUUCGUCGUCAGCCACUACGACGGCUCCGAGGCUACCCUUUCCAAUAACGAAUUCGAUGGUGUCACUACCACUUCUGCUACCUGCAACGACAACCACUACUGGACGAUGAUGAUGAUUGGAAAGACUGAGAAGUUUACUCUCGACAAGAACUACUUCCACGACGUUUCUGGUCGCGCUCCCAAGCUUGGUCAGGAUGGUGUCAACAGCUACUUCCACGCCGUCAACAACUACUUCGAGAACAUGAAGGGCCAUGCAUUCGAUGCUUAUGACGGCGUCAGUGCGCUUGUUGAGGGAAACGCUUUUGUCGCCGUUGACCAGCCCAACACCGAGCACGCUGCCGGUGUUACCACUUUUGUUAGUAAGGGUGGCGAUGCCUGCUCAUCCGUCUUCGGCCGCGCGUGUCUCGAGAACAGUGUCGACUCUGCCAGCGGCGAGCUCUCCCCAGGCUCAUCCUCCGGCUUCAUUGCUAAGCUCGGAAAGAUCGACGUCCCCGAGCCCAUGGAAGCCAGCAAGGUCGCCGCAUACGUCAAGGCCAAUGCCGGUCCCGCUAACCUCGGUGCUUCGUCUUCAUCUGCCCCCGCUGCGGAAAAGGUCGUCGAUGCUGAUGCCCCAGCCAAGGUUACCGAGCCUACCGUUGCCACUAGCAGCGCUACCAAGCCCAAGCCCGCGGCUACGACCGCCGCGGCUGCUGCGCCAGCACCUGCUGCUCCUACUGGUUCUGGGUCCUCUGCCGGUGCUGCCAAACUCUACGCUCAGUGCGGUGGUCAGGGCUUCACUGGUCCUACUGAGUGCGAGGCUCCUGCUACAUGUGUGAAGAGCAAUGACUGGUACUCUCAGUGCAUCAACAGCUCUUCCAAGUUCCGUCGCGCGCUUGGACGCUACUCUUAA